AUCCGCGUUUGCUCCAAUGAAACAGCUGAACGUCAAUGCAAAGACACUCGAAAGUGAAAAUGGUAGCAACCCCAGAUGGUUGAAAGAAGAGCAUAUCCCGAAAAACUUGAACGACAGGGUCAGACAUUUAGCUAAUCUAAGAAAGUGAAGACAGCAGCUAACUUGACCUGCCGGCUUUUAUGUAUAGACCUAUAAGGACUUUGGGCUACUCUGUUGGAGUGUGACUGUGACUUUUUAGUCUAUCUAAUUCGAACAGAAUGGACGCGGUAGGUGCAUUUAACGCUAUGUUGCUAAACAUCUCCAACGAGUUUAAGGAUGACAAUUUGCGGGAUCUCAAGUUCUUGUGUAAUGAUAUCCCGAAGAAGCACAAGGAGGGAAUAAAGAGUGGCGUAGAGCUUUUUCAGUAUCUCACGCAAGUGGACAAACUAGGACCCAACAAAACUGAGUUUCUCCACAGCCUUUUGAGUAGAAUUCACCGAAGUGAUCUUGCAGACAAAUUGAAUGAACUACCGACGUAUGCGACAAGAGACAUACCAGACGAACAAGGGAGAAGGGAACAAGAAAAAGUGCAAAUAGCAGUUGAUGUCAUUGUUGAUAACCUUGGGAAAGACUGGAGAAAAUAUGGCAGGAGGCUGGGACUGAAUGACGCGGCACUUGAACAAAUCCAGGUGAAACAUCCUUUUAACCUUGGUGAGCAAGUUAUGGAGGUCAUCACUGUGUGGAAGAAGAUGCACAAAGGGGAUGUCAAAGCAGAUGAACUGAUAAAAGCGCUUCGCGUUUGCAAGUUGAAUUACACAGCUGAUCAAGUCGAGAAGGAGAUGGAGAACAAAGGAUUUUAACUGCUAGACAUAUUUCCUUGAAGACACAACAUUUGCUGGGUUGUGAGACUAUGGCUGUAUUCCAUUUGAUCCAUGAUCAUAUCAAUGAACUCACUACUAAUAUGAUUGAAUUGCUGAAUAUUGAUUAAAGUGAAUAUUUAUUAUUGCUCACGUCACUAUUUAGCUCAUGUUUCAGUGUGGGAAUAUCCUCAGUGCUGCUUCAUGAGUACAUUCCCUAAGUGCUUCUGAUCAGUCUCUAUGAAUAGUGAAGGCCUGUCUUUUUGUGAUAUUGUCUCUGAACUUUUAUCUGUCUAUUUGUGAUAUUGUCACUGAACAUUUAUCUGUCUAUUUGUGAUAUUGUCUCUGAACAUUUAUCUGUAUUUGGCGUGCACAUGCCAAUGUGGUAAUAGGUAUAGGAUGAAAAGGUCCAAAUAUCAACAGUAUAUUUAUAGUAUAUAAUAUAACAAUACUGCUCAUACACAAGUCAUUUAGAGACAUACAUGCCUAUAAAACAACCCAAAAACAUGAUCAUUGAACUUUUACAGUGUGUUGGUUAUAUGUGUCCUGGAGUCCUGGUUUAGAGUCAGGGGCAGUACAGGGGAUUUCUCAUGGCUCACUAUGUACAGGAGUUAAGCUCUACAUCAUUAAAUCACAAUGAUGGAAUACUUGUCUCUAAUCAGUUUCUAAUCAAAAAUAGAUCAGGUCCAAAAUGAUAGGGGCUCCUUAAUUGGCAACUUGGUAUCCAACAAAUACACCCAUAUGACCGCUAGGGGGUACUAGAAUGGAAAAAAUAACACAUUUUCACUCACUACUCUUUACAUGCAUGGAAUAGAAUUAUACUUUUUUUUUCGUGACACUUUUAAAGAUCAACUGAUGUAUAGAGGAAAUAAAGAUAUUGUCGCUCAUUA